AUGAAAUGCCAUUACGAGGUAUUAGAAGUGCCUAGGGAUGCUGAUGAUGAAACAAUCAAGAAAGCAUACAGGAAAUUAGCUUUAAAAUGGCAUCCCGACAAAAAUCCUGACCGGAUUGAAGAGUGCACACAAUAUUUUGCAUUGUUACAAUCUGCUUACGAAGUACUCAGUGAUCCUCAUGAAAAGGCUUUCUAUGAUAGACAUCGAGAAAGCAUUUUAAAGGGUGGUACUUUUUCACUACUAGGUUUUUACUCGGUGUACAAAAACGUUUUUGACACUUUGGCUCAUGAAGACUAUGAUUUUAUCGAGGAUCCUACUGUACACUAUCCAACUUUUGGCGACGCAUCCUCUGAUUACGAUACGGUGACGGGUCCUUUUUAUGGCUUCUGGAGCUCAUUUUGUACAGCUCGAUCGUUUGCUUGGCUGGAUAAGUAUGAUGUACGACAAGCGAAUAACAGAUUUGAGUUACGGCAAAUUGAAGCCGAGAACAAGAAGUACCGAGAAGCUGGCAAAGCUGAGCGAAAUGAGCAAGUUAGGGAGUUGGUUGCAUUUGUCAGGAAACGUGAUCCUCGCGUUAAGGCUUAUAGGGAACUCUUAGAAAAGCGGCAAGAAGAGGCCAAAAGGAAGCAGGAAGAAAACCGCAAGCAGCAGAUCCUGCGGAAUCAACAGCUCCUGUCGGCUUUCCACGAGAAUGAACACGCUGUCGCGGCUCAUCGGGCCCAUAUGGAAGAACUAACACAACAAUUAGCUGAUGAUGAGACAUGUAGUGAAGUAGAGGACGAAGAUGGAGAAGCACUACCGUAUUGCGUUGUCUGCGAUAAGAAUGCAAAAAUUAACCACGAGAACUCAAAACAGCAUCGAAAGCAGCUUGCUGAGCUGAAGAAACAUAUGAAAGAAGAGGACCAUGCACUCUUUGAAGAACAGGAAGCCGCGGCUGCUGAGCUCUCUCCGCAGAAACCUGAAGAUAGAAAGGGCAAAAAGGCAAAACGAAGAGCAAAGAAGAAAAUGGUAUGGGAUGAGGAGAGUGAUGCGGAAGCAGGCGAUGCAGGAGAAAGUCCAAAAGAAGAUGAAGCUAAAACAAGUACUGAUGCAGAUGCAAUGAACGGACUCAGUGAAAAAUUGGCAGAAGCUUCUGUGGAAGAAGAGAAUGAUGCUUCCGACAAUGAAACUAAUAUAUUCCUUGCUGCAGCAAAGCAAUCGGAGAAAAAGAAACGAAGGGCAGAAAAGAAGAAUCCAGAUCCUGCAGCUAAACUUCCGACGGUUCCAGUAGAUACUGGUCCAAAAGUCAGCUUCUGUCACAAGUGCAAGGAAGUCUUCGAAAGUCGGACGAAAUUAUUUGAUCAUCUGAAAUUAACCGGGCACGCUACUAUCAAAGUGCCACAACCGCCGCCAAAGAACAAGAAAGGGAGGCGGAAUUAA